GCAGCUUUUACAGGCAUCGAUCACGCGCCGAGCAGGUGUCUCUCCUGCAUGGUGGUCUCUGAACUUCAAGUGGGAGCUGAAACGUUGAAAUGUGUGGGGAGAGCCGCAGCACCACGCGGAGGUUCACCUGGCAGGAACUGAGCCAGCUGAACCAGCGACACAACGCGCACGUGGCCGUCCGGGGGAAGGUGUAUGAUGUGAGUGCGUUCAUAGAGAAGCAUCCAGGAGGAGCUAGGCAGCUCUUACUGGGUGCUGGAAGAGACAUCACCAUGAUUUUUGAGUCCUACCACCAUUUCAACAACAGCAAGGUUCUAGAGAAAUACUAUGUCGGUGAGCUAGUGACAAAUGAACUGCCUGUGUUUCCGAAACCAGGGCUGUUUUAUGUGACACUGAGAGAAAGAGUGGACAAGUACUUCAAAGAAAAGAACAUUGACGCCAAGAUAAGCUACCGGAUGUUUCUUAGCUACCUCGUUUUCUUUUUGACUUCAAACCUCUUUUGGGUUGGCAUGAUGCUCUUUCAUGAGACGGUUUUACUUGGACUUUUGAUGGCCACUGGCUGGGGCUUCUUUGCGGCUAUGAUUGGAUUGACUUCUUUUCACGAUGCCAACCACUUUGCAAUCACCCACAAACCAUGGGUGUGGAAUGUAGUUGGUAGCUUCCACGACUUUUUCCUCGGAAACUCUAUGAUAGUCUUGAUCCAUCAACAUGUACUGGGCCACCACCAAUACACCAAUAUUGAUGGCGCUGAUCCAGACAUUGUCACUGAUACUGUUGAUAUCCGUCGUAUCAAGUGGAGCCAGAGGUGGAUGCCUCGCUACCUUUACCAACACAUCUAUGUUCCAUUUCUCUACUGUGCUUUGGGAACGAAAACUCGAGUUCAAGACUUGUACGUUCUGUACUCACGCCAAAAUGCCAAUAUUAGAGUGAACAGACUAACAAACACCCAGCUCUUCGUGGUAUUUGCCGGGAAAUUGACCCACUGCAUCUACCGAUUCCUUGUUCCCUGGCUCUUCAUGCCCUGGACUAGCCUGAGCCCUUAUUUCAAGUCAGAUAUCAUCGACUAACAUUUCGCUCACUAAAUUCUCACUCUUUAGCUUCUCGGUUUUUACUGCACGAUUGGCCACUAGCUGCCAGCACAAUAGCUGCCAUCACGUGUGUACGUAAGAGCUGGUAGCCAGUCUUGGCCAGUGUUGAAUGGUGCAUGACUGUAGAGCUAUAGAGCCAUGCCCAGCUGCAGCCAAGGCACGGUGGAGACAAAGUACAGUGGAACCUCCAAGCAAGGGACACUAUGGGGCCAACAAUUUUGUAUCACUAAGUACGGUAGUACUUAGUGUAUUAUAGGGAUGACACAGGUUGUCCUGCAUUAUGCCCAUACAUUCGAGAUUUUCCUGUUUCACUUUCAGUUACAAUCAGGUCCAACUUUUGACACAUCAGACUAACGUCACAAAGAGCAUGUAUCCAAGAAAUGGCU